AUGGAUUAUGGUUGGAACACAUUAGGCAUAAAUCGUGGUAGCCUCCCACGCAUCUUGCAGAAGCUUGGGGUGUUUAGUAGCAAGUGGGUGAAGAAGCUAUUCUACAAGAUUCUCAUCACAGUUGUCUCGACCGAUGUUAAGUAUGAUACCUUUGUGCUAGCGGCUGAUGAAGAUAUUAGGGUUCUAUUCCAUUGUGUUAGGAGUUUUCCAGAGGUCAGAAUACACGAGUUGUUCGUGAAGUUGGAGGUUGGUGUCGAUAGUUCUGGGGCAUCAGCUCCAGCACAUAGCUCGACUGCCGCGGGCGGUGCGUCUAGUUCGAUGCCUACGGUGAGACCAUCCGUUCCACUGGUAGCAUUCCCUUCAUUCGCGGCUGAUUUAGAUCAAACAGAGGUUGUUGGUUCUGUACCUUUGGAGAAUGCAGGGGUCUUUGAGCAGGCGUAUGAAGUGGGCACCGGUGGUGGCUUGCUACCUGAUAUGCAAGGCUUUGGAGAACCUGAUCGAGUAGAGAAUGCAAUGUGUGACGAUGACUCUGACCAGGAGCCUGUAGAUAUCAUUGGGGACAGCAAUGAUGACACAGGUGCCAAUCCACAUGCACAGCAUGGGCCUUCAAGUUCUGGCACUCAGCAGUAUCCUCCACACUUCUCCACACUAAACUUGGAGGCUCUGGGUCCACAGGCGGACUGUGGUCCUACAAAUAAAGAUGAGGUUGUGCUGAGUGUGAAGGACUAUAGCAUCCGCCGAGGUGUUGAGUACAGAGUCAUCGAAUCAGAUCAUCUUAAGUAUCAUAGAAAAUGCAAGGAGUUUGGCAAGGGUUGUACUUGGUUGAUUUGCGUAGCGUUGCGUGCACGAAAGGGCACUUGGGAGGUUAGGAGGUACAACAGUCUACACACUUGCUUGACAACCUCUAUUUCCAGUGAUCACCAUCAGCUGGAUUACCACAUUAUCUGUGUGAUGAUUCUUUCGUUGGUUAAGGCAGAUGCUGUGGUGACGGUAAAGGUAUUGCAACAAGCUACAGAAGCCGAUUAUGGUUUCAAGCCUAGUUACAGGAAGGUUUGGAUGGCGAAGCAAAAGGCAGUGGCACAAAUAUAUAGAAAUUGGGAAGAGUCGUAUGCGGAGUUGCCACGUUGGAUGUUAGGGGUACAGUCAACCAUGCCUGGGAUAGUUACUGUGUUGAAGACCUCUCCUGUUUGGCUUGGGGGUGAGGUUGAUGAGUCCACGGUGUACUUUCAUCGACUUUUCUGGACAUUUUCACCCUGUAUCGAGGCAUUCCGGCAUUGCAAGUCCCUCGUGAGUAUUGACGGUACCCACUUGUAUGGCAAGUAUGGAGGGACGCUACUGCUGGCGAUAGCACAGGAUGGGAACUCGAACAUCCUCCCGAUAGCCUUCGCCCUUGUGGAGGAAGAAAACGCAGAGUCAUGGUCAUUCUUCUUGUCCAACCUACGAGCGCAUGUGACGCCACAAGAGGGUAUCCUUGUUAUCUCUGACAGGCAUCAUGGCAUCAAGGCAGCACUAUAG